AUGAAUCCGGUCACCAACAUCAUCCUUCCUCUGCUUCUGCUCUCUUUUGGGGUGCGGAUCAGAGGUCAGUCCGCAGGGGACAACGGCAACAGGACACGAGUCGCUGACAGGCCUUCUGUUGGAUUCAUCACUGUGGGCAACGGGCAGUACUGGGGGACAUGGGGCAAUCGGGAGAUGUGUCCACUGGGCACCUACGCCACAGGUUUUAGUCUGAAGGUUGAAUCAAAUCAGGGAAUUUUUAGAGAUGACACUGCCCUAAAUGGAAUUGCUCUCCGCUGCACUGCACCUCGCACCCCAUCCAGCUCCACUAUCAACUAUUCUACAGCACAAUCCACCUCAGGAAGUUGGGGGCAAUGGACUCAGAACAGGUGGUGCCCAACUGGACAACUAGUAGCCUUUCAGCUGCGUGUGGAGUCCUAUCAAUGGCUUUCUGAUGAUACCGCUGCCAAUAACAUAAGGUUCAGAUGCAGCAGCGGCACCGUGUGGGAAGGUGAUGGCAUGACCUGGGGAACCUGGGGUUCCUGGAGCCCAACCUGUCCUGGAAGGGGGAUCUGCGGCAUUGAAACUAAGGUGGAGGCUCCUCAGGGACCACUAGACGACACCUCUCUUAAUGAUGUCCGCUUCUAUUGCUGCAGUUAAGGACAAACUGGCGCCACCAGAAGAAGGGAUGCAGCUCUACAGACAUCAUUAAACCUUCU